ACUUUAAAAAUGGAAGGUUGAGAAGAGAGUAGUUAGUAGUGGGAUCGAACCGCGAAAAGCAAAAGCCCUAGCCUCCUUUAACGAGCCAGAGCGAGUGAGCGAAUUGCUCAAUUCUCGCUCUGGCUUUUCAAUUCAUCAACAAUUGCGAACUCCAUGGUUCCAUGCCAUGUCGAAAAGGGUUCUUUGCAAGUUCUUUGUAAAUGGUGCAUGUCUGAAAGGAGAGUACUGUGAGUUCUCACAUGAUUGGAAAGAUCCUCCAAAUAAUGUAUGCACAUACUACCAAAAAGGAUUAUGUGCCUAUGGCAGCAGGUGUAGAUACAAACAUGUUAUAGUGUCUGAACGACCUUCACUUCCAUCUUCGUCAGCUCCAGCUCAACAUCUGCUCUCAGCUUCUCCUCCCACCACCCUCUCUCCUGGAAUGCUAGCAGAUGAUGCAGGACUUCUGUCAGGCAUUUCUUCCAAGUAUUUGGCUUCAGGAAGACCUUUUUACCCUCCCAACCAGCCUGUGUGGAGUGAGAAUUCAGAGCAUCGUGAUGUGGCAGAUAUUGAUAAUAUUGUCGAGUGGAAGAGAAUGAAUCCAGCUGAUCAAUCAAUUUGCUCUUUUGCUGCUGCUGGUAAUUGUCCACGGGGAGAAAGCUGUCCUUAUAUUCAUGGAGAUUUGUGUCCAAUCUGUGCGAAGCAUUGCUUACAUCCUUUUCGGCCUCAGGAAAGAGAGGAGCAUAUAAAAACAUGUGAGAAGAGGCAAAAGCGCCUUGACUUACUGAAGCAUAGUCAAGAAAUAGAGUGCAGUGUAUGUCUUGAACGUGUACUCUCUAAGACAACUGCAGCAGAGCGGAAGUUCGGGAUCCUUUUUGAGUGUGAUCAUCCAUUUUGUAUAUCAUGUAUCAGGAAUUGGCGCAGUGGUUCUCCUUCCUCUGGGAUUGAUAUCAACUCGACAUUCAGGACCUGCCCCGUAUGCCGGAAACUUUCAUAUUUUGUCAUUCCAAGUGUCACUUGGUACUCCACAAAGGAAGAAAAGCAAAUUAUCCUUGAAAGCUACAAAGCCAAACUCAGGUCUAUUGAUUGCAAGCAUUAUGACUUUGGCAAUGGGACUUGCCCAUUUGGAAAUAGUUGUUUCUACAAGCAUCAAUACCGUGAUGGCCGUCUGGAGGAAGUGGUACCACGUCUUCUUGGUCAUGAAGAUGGAAGCGCAGUGAUUGCUAAAAAUAUUAGGCUCUCAGACUUCCUUGGCAAUUUAAGAAGAAGGUGAACCGUGAAUAUGCUUAUAGUGAUUUCAGGGGUUGAAGUCGGAAACAACUUACAUUUCUUCUAAGUGGUUACAAGAUUUUUUUGCAUUUUUUGAGAUUUAUCAGAAUCAUAGGCGAUGAAUAAACCAUUCUUCUGUUUGCCAUUGAUUGUGCUGGUGAAUUAUGCGUUGAGAGUUGAGGUGCAGACAUGGUAUUCCAGACAAGGGACUUGCUUGGAUAAAUAUUUUUAUCGAACCAUAAAACAAAACCUAUCCCCCAAAUAAAAAAAGAAAAAAAGACGACGAUAAAGUGUAUAUGGAUUUUGUAUGUAUAUUAGAUUUUAAUUAAGUAUAUACUUGCAAUUGUGAAGAGGAUAAUAUAAUAAAAAACUAAAAGGAGCAGGGAAAUGUUUUUGGCGGUUA